AUGUCAGGCUACAAUCUCAUUUGGGCUUUCAUUGGAUUGGCCGUUCUCUCUGCUCUUGGCUAUGUCGUUGUCCCCAAAGGAACCAACCAGACUGUAAUUCGUACCAUGAUUGUCAUGACUAUUGCUUGCUGCUAUAUGACUUGGGCUAUUACGUAUCUUGCACAGUUGCAUCCUUUGAUUUUCCCGAGAAAGACCAACCUUCGACCACACGUGGAGCACGAGUAA